UAUAGGGUGAUGUGAUGCCAUUGGGAAAGUAAAAAAUGUGUUGUAACUGUUGGAAAAGCUCCACCUUGUUACUAUGUGACUGCUAAGUGGCUGGAGCUUAGCUGCAUUUCUGUCAUCAUCUGUGCGAGUCAACAAGGAACACAUCAGAUAAGCGCAGGCGGCAGAAAAACACCCUGUGAUUUCAGCCCGAAUGGACAGGCCACGCACACGGUCUUCCCCGUCAUGGGUGUGAGAAAGCUGCUGGAGGAAAAACGUAAAAACCAAAAGAAAAAGGGGUCGACAUGCCCCACCUGAUUACCAACCUGACACAGGAGUGGGUGGCGAGCCUCCAGAAAUGGCACCUGGAGCUCUUCUUCAUCCCCACCACCGUUGUCACCCUGGCCACCAUGCUGGUGAACCCCGUCCUCUUAGCGUGCAUCUUCGCGUCGCGCGCCUUACGCCGCGAGACACGCUACCUCCUGGUAGCCAACACGCUGGCGGCGGACAUGCUGUUCCUCACCCUCAACCUGGCCACCGCCAUUCUCAACGCCACCCGGGCCGGGGUCCCGUGGUUGCUGUGCGAGCUGGUGACGGCCGUCACCGUCACGGCCUACUGCUGCGCCAUCCUCACCGUCACUCUCAUGGUAGUGGACACUUACGCCGCCGUGCGCUGGCCGCUGCACUACCGUGACCUCCUCCCGCCUGCUCGCACCCACAGAAUCCUGCUGGGGGCGUGGGUACUGGCGGCGACCUACCCAUUCACGCUGGUCAUUCUGAUGGAGGUGGAGACUGGGAACCCGCACGACAAGGCGGCAGUGUGCCUCGUCCUGAUCUCCCUGGGUUUCAUUCAGGCCCAAAACACGGCGGGGGUUAACAUCUACUUCUUUGUGGCCGCGCUCAUCUGCGCCGUGCUCAUCUUCUACUGCUACAUUCGCCUCUACAUGGAAACCAGAACCCAAGGCAUCUGGCAGAACCGCUUCUCCAGAGCCCGGGUUACCGUCUUGUACCACGGGGUUCUGCUCCUGCUCUACUUUUCCCCCGGCUUUGUCUUCACCGCGGAACUGCUCCUGUUUCAGAGCGAAGACGUGAGUCAGGAUGUCCGAGUGUGGGUUAGCACGGUCAACAUGUGCGUCUUCAUGCUGCUUCCCAGGGCCUUCGCUCCUUAUCUGUAUGGGCUCCGCUAUCGCGAGAUCGCCGACACGCUGCUGCAGCUGCUGCAUCGGCACCGAAGACUCAGCCAGACCACUGUCGCAUAAUCACAACGUAAAUGGACGGAUUGAAUUUGUUCAGUGAUGUUGUCGUGAAUUCCCAUUUCUCUAAAUCAGAAGGGCCGACACGCAUCUAAUAAUGACUCCGACGCCUGCUCAGAUUUCGGAUUAACCGUCCUCGAGUUAUUACCUAACAUAACAAUUACACAAAAUAUAACGAAGGGAUGGAAAAUGUUUAAACAUUUCGGACUCCAGAACGGAGUCUGCAGCAGAUUUGGUGCUUGGAGAAGACUGAAGGUCGUCGUCUUGUGUUCCUCUUUUAUCCUGUCUCCUUUUCUUAUCUGCCGGUGAUGUCAUCACAUCCUGUAAACGGGGCACAGAUGACUUGCCUUCCUGAAUCUCUACUCUUGCAGAAACACAUCCUUACCAGAAACAGUUGCUCCAACCCCACAAUGAAAUUUUCAGUCAUCAAUAAAACCUGUGACUGUCCCUGGCUUGUCUACUGAAUUCAAUCAGUCAACCGAGCGUAUUCCUCAUGCAUUUGUAACUAAAUACAGUACAUGGAUUUCAUUUAACAUUAGAGGAGAACAGAACCCAAGGCAUCUGGCAAAACUGCUUCUUCAGAGCCCGGGUGACCGUGUUAGCCCACGGGGUUCUGCUGUUUCAACACUGUGCCCCUGGUUUUGUUUUCAACCUGUUGCUCCUCCUGUUUCAGACAGUGAUGAUAUCAGUCAGGAUGCUCGAGUCGUGGUCAGCACGGCCAACAUUUGCAUGGUCAUGCUGCUUCCCUGCGCCAUUGCUCCUUCUGAGAUGGUGAUCCUGCUGGGCCCUAGGCCUGUCGCGCCUCCUCCGGUGCCCAUGGAGGGCUAUGCAUUGCAGGGGCGUUCACCUCUCUUAGCCAAGCCAAGACCUGACCCCUGACCAAGGGGGUGAGCUACAGAGUCAUCAGCCGAGGACUAGCAUUCGCCCCUUAUUCCGGAACAUCCUCCCGGUGGUAGGGCAGUGAGCAGGGCUGUCCCCCUACCACCCGCUUUUGCUAACCUUCAGAUUGUAUUUGCUCCCCAAACAUGUCGAGCCUCUUCAUCCAGAGCCAGAAGCUUGGCUUCUCUGCCUCCUCUGGUUGACCUCUGGAUUCUGGCUCUCUGCAGUCUGAGAUCUUUGAGGAGACAUGAUCGUGACACUCCCACAAAGCUUCUUGCUCCCACUUCGACAUGGUGGAGCUUCUCUCUCUGCCAUCAGGUCCAUGUACUUCACUUGCUUGCGCUCAUGAGCAGCCUCCAACCCCGCUUCCCAGAGCGCCGUCAGCUUGAGGUUUUUUGUUGUUGUUGUUUUUUUGUUUUUUUCAUCUGGAGACUACAACACAAUGUCUGGUCACAACAUGGUGUUUCCCUCUGUAGGACUUUGAUACCGCAAGAUCUCUGACACACUGCUUCAGCUGCUCCAUCGAAGACUCAGCCAGAUCGCUGUACCGUAAUCGCAACACACCGGAACGUCUCAUUUCCAGCAAGAUCUAUUCAAGGACGCUAUAUAGUCAGCCUCCAAUUUGUUAAAAAAUUCCCAUAGAAAAUAAUGGAAAUAGAAGUCAUCAAUUGCAGCGUUAAACAGAAAUCAUUUAUUAACAUUUAUUAACUCUACAGUGUUUUCCCCAGUAAUUUUAACAUUAUUAACUCUCAUCCAAGUGUAAUUUAUUAUUGUCCACUUUUAUGGUUAUGUAUUUGUGCUGACAGACUUUU